AUGCGGGGCAUGUUUGAAAAUGCACAUUCCUUCAACCAGCCCCUACGAGAUUGGGACACUUCAUCCGUCACGGAGAUGAGCGAGAUGUUCAAAGAAGCCUAUGCAUUCAACCAGGCGAUUGGAGAUUGGAAGAUCCUAAAGGUCCGGUCAACUCGACGCAUGUUUGAUCAUGCUUGGCACUUCAAUCAGCCCAUUGGGCUCUGGAACACCUCGGCCGUGGAGGACAUGAGGCCACACCUUGAGGUCUUUAAUCAGCCGAUCGGCGCUUGGAAUACUGGAGCUGUCGUGGACAUGAGUGGCUUGUUCAAACAUGCACUGUGCUUCAAUCAACCAAUUGGAUCGCAGCUUAGCAGAAACCGGGGCAAGUUCGCAGAACUGGUGCGGUUGAGGUUCUACAACGCGGUGUCUUUUGCCUAUCCCAUUGGCAACUGGGACACCUCGAGUGUCACUGAUAUGAGCUACAUGUUCAGAGAUGCUGACUCCUUCAAUCAACCGAUAGGUGGGUGGGAUACGUCCGCCGUGACAGACAUGGCCUUCAUGUUCUGUGACGCCAAUGGGUUCAAUCAGCCCAUCGGUGACUGGGACACCUCACGUGUUCAAUCCAUGACCUUCAUGCACCUUUGGCAACGUAAAAAAGGGGUGGCGUGGCGAGUUUGGGCAAACAAAACGACCAGCAGUUCGAAAGGGGUACCGAAAUUGGAGGAAGUCGGGGUGCCCCUAUCACAUCCACUCACUGGAUGGGACUAA